CAGUUUUUGGCGUGUUAGAAAAGAAGCUCAACAAUAUUGCCACUUUGUCAAACUCUCCAUUUUGGAGCAGUUGGGAUGGGAUCAUUUUUUGUCUCUUGUCUCUACUACUUUUCUCUCUCUAUUGACAUUGCCAAUUUUCGCCCAUUUCCUUACUUGUCUCUGUGGGCUAAUCUGUCCCCCAUAUUUGAUCUGAACUUCGAGUGGUGAGUGCUAAAGUUUCCCAUGUCUUCAAAAAAGAUUCAGGAGAUCUAUUCUAACAGCCGGACGUCUUACAUUUUAGGUACCUUCAAAAAGAAACUUUGCAGCAUCUGCUCGAGGUUAAGGUGUCUGAUAUGGAAGCGUCCGAGGACCAAAGUUGUCAUCAGGAGAUUUGGAAAGACUAACUUGAAAGGUCAGACAAAAAGAGACACCAGUAGCAAGAAGUUCUCUGCUCGUUUGAAUGGCCAUCUGGGUUAUUUAAACUCUAAAAUACCAAUACGUAUUGCCACAUUUAAUGUUGCCAUGUUCUCACUUGCACCUGCCAUUUCAACGGCUGAGGAAUUAGCUAUCUUGGGUAAUGAAGAGAAAUAUGUAGCUUUAAAGAGUGAUCAAGUAGAGAUCAUCAAGAAUCAAGCCAAGACUACUAAUUAUCAUCCCAAGAGUAUACUGAAGCAAUCUCCUUUGCAUACUUCUAUAACAAGUCCUGACAAUCUCUCCAAGCAAAAGAAGCUCUCGAGAUCGAAGUUGAAGGUUAAAAUUAACCUCCCUGAUAAUGAGAUCUCAUUAGCCAACAGUAAUGCUCUGAUGAGGUCCCCUGUGUGCCUCCCCAGUAGUAUGAUUACGUGGAGCGACGACAGCUCAAAAAGCAGUAGAAGUAUUGCAGAAGUACUUAGAGAGGUGGAUGCUGAUAUUUUGGCCCUGCAAGAUGUCAAGGCAGAAGAAGGGAAUGGCAUGAAGCCUUUAUCCGAUUUGGCUGCUGCUUUGGGGAUGAAGUAUGUGUUUGCAGAGAGCUGGGCGCCGGAGUAUGGCAAUGCCAUCUUAUCAAAAUGGCCAAUCAAGACAUGGAAAGUUCAGAAGAUUGCUGAUGAUAAAGAUUUCAGGAAUGUGCUAAAGGCCACAGUUGAUGUGCCAUGGGCAGGAGAAAUAAACUUUGACUGCACCCAACUAGACCAUCUCAAUGAAUAUUGGAGAAUGAAGCAAAUAAGUGCAAUAAUCCAAUCAAGUGACUCUCCCCACAUCUUGGCAGGAGGUCUUAAUUCUUUAGAUGGAUCAGAUUAUUCAUUAGAAAGAUGGAUGGACAUUGUCAAGUAUUAUGAGGACAUUGGAAAGCCUACCCCAAAGAUUGAUGUGAUGAAGCUUCUCAAAGGAAUAGAAUAUGUAGAUGCAAAGGACUCCGCCGGGGAAUGUGAGCCAGUAGUCAUCAUAGCCAAAGGCCAAAAUGUGCAAGGAACAUGCAAAUACGGGACGCGUGUAGAUUACAUUUUGGCGUCUCCAGAAUCGCCUUACAAGUUUGUUCCAGGGUCAUACUCUGUCAUCUCAUCCAAAGGGACCUCUGAUCACCACAUUGUGAAGGUUGAUAUCACAAAAGCAAGCGAGAGUGGUGGAGAAAAUGUGAUUAAACAGCAAGGGAAGCCUAAACAAAAGAUAGUUAAAAUGACAAACCCUUGUUAUGCAAGAGGAAUAUGGAAAGUAAACCCUUGAAAUUCGUUCAGAAAUUUGCUUACCCACUUGAUGUAAUUUUGACAUGUAAAAUAUAAUUUUGGUAGGCAUUCAUGUAUUGAGAUUUGUUGUGUUAAAUUAAUAAAAGUUUAUCUAUUAAAUUUAUAUUUGAUUAGUCAACAGCACUGAGACUUUUAACUAUCUCAGGAUCUGCCGGUGCCAGAUAUAAAGC